AUGGCGAUCCAAAACCAGGCGUUCGUCCUUCCUUCAGCACAGCCGGCACCGCCCUUGGCCAGGCUUUCGUCCAAGUCUGUGCGGGCAGAGCACGGGAUUUCGGAACGAGGUGCACUUCUUGCCAUGGCUGCAGCCACCGUUACAACGAUAACCUCGUCCCGUCGUCGAGUGGCACGACGUGCGACUGAGGAGCCCCAGAAUUAUUUCGAGGCUGUUGUUCUCUCGGCCACUCGCAUCCAACAGCGCGUGGCACUGCGUGCGAAAGAGGACGCGCACGGGCGAAGAAGUAGUCUGGCUGCUGCGGCCACAGCUGCAGCCGCCACACCACUUGCUGCCUCAGCUGAAUCAGAUGAAAACUGCCAUGAAUGUGAGGGAAGAGGGCUGGUCGAAUGUCCGAUGUGCGAAGGCACCGGCCAGUACCGCCUGUGGGGGACGAAGUAUGAGAAAACUUCCCAGCGCCAGUACCUCACCUGUCCAGAGUGUAACGGAGUGGGCGAGCUGGUUUGCCAAAAGUGCAGCGGGACCGGGCUGCCUGCAAGCAAGCUCAAGGGCCUGAUGCGCGAUCCGAUCUUCGCGAAGGUGGCCUACCGGCUGAAGAAGCAGAGGAUUGACGUGAACACGGUGGACAAGAUGAGGGUUGAUGUCCGAAAAGCCGUGGCCGCAGCAGAGAGACGCCACUCCUCCGCGUCUUUUGUAUAG